GCAUUAAUGAAAAAACUAAAUUUUUGAUGAAUGAGACCAGUUUAACUUGAGAAAUGGACAAACAGAUUGUUGGGAAAUGGAAUAUUCAGAUCAUGUCUCUGAAACAGUUUUAAGGCUUGGUCUUAUUAUCACUUUCCUUUGGUUAGAGAAACAGACGCCCUUCAUUCGGUUUAUUGAGGAGGAGGAGUUAUGGAUGUACAGAUACCCUUCGGUCCCUUCAAUCAUUUCAAAGUUUACAUUGCACAUAUUAGUACUCCUCUUAGUAGCUGUGAUGUAUUCGAUUGAAUAUUGGAUAAACAAAAAGAAAGAAGACAUAAUUAAAGGAGUGUACGCUCUCACUUUGAUCUAUGGAAUUAACGGCAUUUUUACAACAGUUCUAAAGUUGCUGGUGGGCAGGCCAAGACCCAGUUUCUUCAUGAGAUGUUUUCCAGAUGGUUAUGGAACGGAUAUUAAUGAAUGUACAGGAGAAAUCAAGGAAAUUAUGGACGGGCGGAAAAGCUUUCCAAGUGGUUAUACAAGUUUCAUGUUUGCGAUGAUGUUUUUCAUAUCGCUUCACUUGUUUCAAUUCUUGAAAGUGAAGACAAGUCAUCGAUUAAAAGGAUGCAGGCUCAGUUUGUGUUGCGCCCCGAUGCUGGCGGCCAUCUUAAUUGCGGCGAGUAGAACGUCUGAUUAUCACCAUCAUUAUUCUGAUGUUGUGGCAGGGAGUUUAAUAGGAUUAGUUGUAUCUUCGCUGACAUUUUACUCUUACUAUGCUGAGGGCGACACAGAAGAAAUGGCAAGUCUCAAAAACAAAUCCCAAGGCUAAAUAUUAUACCUUUAUAAUUA